GUUUUGGGGAGGUUUCCAUUGAGGACGAAAUUGUAUGAGAUGCCAAUUCAGGGAGACUCAUCAUCUAAAUUAAAUAAAGAAAAUGAUUAAUUAAUAAUGCACAUGCCAUAUGGUUCCUCCCCAAAAUAAGCACUAUAAAUGCUUCUUUCAAUACCACUCUUUAUUUGCAACAUCUCUCUACUCUCUCUUUCUCUCUCUCUAAGGAAAUGGCUGGUGUUUGUAGUAGGAAGCAGUUCCAUGGUUACUCGAAGAUGGAAAAGGAGGAUUCUGAAGAGAUGAUACAUAGGAGGGCACAGUUCUUGAUCUACAAGGUCUUGCAGCAAGCUGAUUCUUCUUAUUCUUCUUCUUGUUCUCGCAGAAUCAGAAUCUGCAAGCUCAAGGUGAAGAUCGGAAACAGGUUGAGGAGGCUGAGGAAGAGAAUCCUAUCUGGAUUCCAUGGACUCAAAGCAUGGAAGAAGCGCUUCUUUGCAAUUGGAAGUAGUACUACUAUUAGAGCACUUCCUCCUUUCAUCAAAUGAGAAAUUCUCUCUUCUUCUAUCUAUAAUCAACAACUACUUCAUCUUUCUGUUUAUUAUCUCUCAUACUCAUAAUCAUAAUCAUAAUCAUACUUUUUGUUUA